UUGAUCAUUGUAAUUGAAAACUUGUGAUUGUGAACGAUUUGUGAAUCUUGAAUACUAUCCUUGAUGAUAAUGUAAAAUUGUUUCGUAGUAUAUGAAAACUAAUUACUUUUUGUCACAGAAAUUAUCAUCGAUCGUUCAAAUACAAAUCAAAAUAUGAAUCAAAUAUCCUCAAUUAUUCUUAUCAUUUGUUCAUUUGCUUCUAUAUCACAUGCAGUUAACUCCGUUGAAGAAGAUAUUAGCAACGGAAGAUAUGUUAUUGAGGGUCGCGUCGUGCCGCCUGAAGAACAGGAACAAAAGAAUUGGCAAACACAAACACGGAUUCAUGUAAACGGCGGAGAGUACAUCGGGUUCAUCAAAGAAGAUGGAUCAUUUACAAUCCACAACGUUCCUACAGGAUCUUACGUGGUGGAAGUUGUUAACCCGGACUAUAUGUACGAUCCGGUACGCGUGGAAAUAAACUCUAAAGGAAAAUAUCGCGCUAGAAGAGUGAAUUACAUUCAGACAUCGCAAGUUAUCCAAGUGCCUUAUCCACUUAGAAUGAAAGCCUUGACUCGUUUCAGAUAUUUCCAAAUACGCGAACAAUGGAGGUUAACCGACUUCUUGUUCAACCCUAUGGUUAUUAUGAUGGUAUUACCACUUCUUCUUAUCAUGGUGUUGCCAAAAAUGAUGAACGAUCCUGAAACUAAAGACGAAUUGAAACAGAUCACAAAUUUGGCCAAGAUGUCGGAAAUUCCUGAAAUGUCUGAAGUAUUUACAAACUUGUUCAGUGGGGGCACUACUACGAAAUCGUCCACAUCCAAAGCUAAGCAAAUUAAGAAGCGACAAUGAUGUUUGUUAUAAUUGUACUGUAGGUUAUAGUAAUCCUCUUGUUUUCUAGACAUUAUGUUCAACAUUAAAUUAUUAUCUAAUUUA